AUGCCUAUAGUUUCGCCGGCCCCCACUCCAUCUGAGCCGAUAACCUCGUCUCCCCAGAGUCCGCCGGUGGUGAGUGAAGAAGAAAGAAGGAAGUUGCCUAUUCAUGAUAAGUUGCCGGUGGUUCGGUGUAUUGCACGUGCCAGGAUUCCUACGGUCCAGGGCCCAGAGAUCUUUCUACAUUUGUAUGAGAACGACGUGGAUAACAAGGAGCAUUUGGCUAUAGUGUUUGGCGAGGAUAUUCGGUCCAAGACGCUUUUCAAGCGGAGACAGGGCGAGUCCCAGCAGGAUAGAAUGACCCGUGGUGCUUAUGUCGGUAAGUUGUUUCCUGGUAGAGAUACGGCUGAUAUGGAUACGAGGUCAGGACAGGAAUUGCAUUUUGACGACGCUGGCGAGUUGAUUCGGGAGCCAGAAACGACGUUUGAUGGCCAGGUGAUGGCUAGAAUUCAUUCGGAGUGUUAUACUGGCGAAACGGCCUGGUCGGCUAGAUGUGAUUGUGGAGAACAGUUCAACGAGGCCGGAAGGCUAUUGGGUGAGAAUGGACACGGAUGUAUUGUAUAUUUGAGACAAGAAGGCCGUGGUAUUGGUCUUGGUGAGAAGUUGAAGGCCUACAAUCUUCAAGAUUUGGGUGCAGACACCGUUCAGGCCAAUUUGCUCUUAAGACACCCUGCUGACGGUAGACUGUUCCUGUUGGCCACGGCCAUUCUCGUGGACUUGAACUUGGUGGAAAUCAAGCUUUUAACGAACAAUCCAGACAAGAUCAUUGCCGUGGAAGGUAUGAACCGUGAUGUGAGGGUUGCAGAGAGAAUCCCAAUGGUUCCAUUGGCAUGGAGAUCCAAGGAGGGAAUCAAGUCCAAGGAGAUUGAGGGAUACCUCAGCGCAAAGAUUGAAAGAAUGGGCCAUUUGCUUGAGAAGCCUAUUAGGAUUUAA